AUGCCACGCGCUGCCGUCUCCGUCCCCGCCAGCCGACCCUCGACGGCGCAGGAGCUCAUCUACCCCACGCACGGCUGCCGCGACGUGCUGCGGCGGCACGGGAUCAAGCCGCACGACCACGCCCGUGACAACCGGCGGCACAUCAAGGAGCUGCAGCAGCAGGUGAGCGAGCGCAAGGCGGCGGCAGAGGCGGAGGCGGCCAAGGCCGCGAGCAAGGCGGCUCGCCGGCGAGCGGAGGGCGCGUACAGCGCCGUGCCCUCCCGUGUCGCCGCGCAGCUCGCGGCGCGGCCGUCGUCAGCACCGCCCUCUCGCCACCGUCCGUCGCCGCGCAAUUUUUACGUGGGCGCGCCGCUUCAGCCGGCGAAGCAGCCGGCGGGCAAGCUGCCGAGCUACCUGAUCGACCGCAAGCUGGAGCUGGCGCAGCGUGCGGCCGAGAAGGCGGCGGCCGCGAUGCCGCCCGAGGUGCCGCCGCACCACCACCUGCUGCCGCGCGAGGAUUGCGAGCGGGUCCUCGCCGAUAUCCGCGCCGCGCGCGCCGAGGUGGUCGUCGCCGACGGGCCGCUCCCUUCCUACGACCGCGCCGCCGCCUCGUGA